AUGACGAAGAUCACACUGGCCUUGAACCAGACGCGACCGAGCCUGACUAAGCCGGCCUUGCUCCGGCUGACCACCUUGCCGACCCUGUUGGCUUUUCGCGACCCAGUGCGUAACUUGGACACUGCCGAGGCUGACCAAGCCAGCCCCGCUCCAGCUGACCACCUUGUUGACCCUGUUGGAUUUUCGGUCGGAUCUGAUGACGCCCCGGCGGACGAUGCAUCUUCUGCUGAUUCUGACGUGGGUAGUGACCAAGUGCAUGACGUGGACACGACCGAGGUUGACCAGUUAGCUAAGGAGUGUGAAGCCAUACGGCGAGCGGUAGUGGAAAGUGAGCAGCGUGUUGCUCCACUGCGGAUCGGUUUCGAUGCGCUUGCUCGCAGCUUUGCACAACGUGGUCGAGAGCUUGACCAAUUGAGAAGGAAGCGCGCUUUAAGCCACCAAGAGCUUCACCGUUUGCGCUCCUCCCAUGCUGCUCAUGUCGAGGAACUAGCACUGUUGCGAGCCGAACGGGAUCAGCUUUCUCGCGACCACCAGGCCCAGCUCAACAAUCUGGUCAACUUCGUUAUGGAACUUCGUUCGUCGGUGGGGCUCGCCUAUGAUAAGCGGCGGCGAGAGCAGUCAGCGGCCGAUCCUGUUCCACCCCCGAACAAGCGAGCGCGCGUUACGGUCACCUCGAGUUCGGUCGGACCAGAUUCGUCUGCCAGCCCUUCCUCUACGGUCGCAGGGCCCGCCAGCCCAACUACCCAUUCACGAUCGGUAUCCACUCACCCCAAGUCCCGGCAGGCGUCUCGCCCUCGCCUCGACGUCCCCAAAAUUUAG